CAAAUUACUGAUUGCUACUGUACAACAACACAAAAACUCUAUUUACACAGUGCAUUAGUAAUUGCUUAAUUUUUUUAGAGUUAUUGUUUGUUGCUAUUGCAUAACCUACCAGCAUUUCUACGUACAGUGUAGACAUAACAUUGAAACGCCAUUAGAAAUUAGAAUUAGAAAUGUUGUACACAAUUAAUAAAGCACAACGCUUAUCAUUCCGUUCGCGAUAGGGAACAAAAUGGCGUUUGUUUCAAAUAAGAAGCAAUUUGGUCUGUUUAUAUUAUUGCUACUAUUGUUUUCCGGUUAUCUGACUAUAGGCGCUUUAUGUUUCAGGUAUUUCGAAUCAUCGUAUCAUGCGCAGGUCGAUAGUAACGCUGUCGAGCUUGUUGGACAAUUUUGCGUGAAAUAUAACUGCGUUGACGAACAAGACCUUUUGACAUUGAUAUUUGCAGUUACGGGUUUAUCGUAUGGACGCCAUGUACACCAUUUAUUCAACGUUUCUUCAACACGCUGGGAAAACUUUCAUGAAACCUUUUUCUUUAGUGCAACCAUUGUUACGACAAUCGGUUACGGAGAUAUGGUGCCACAGACGAAUUUAGGAAGGUGGUUUUGUAUUUUGUACGCGUGCAUCGGUAUUCCACUAACCGCUGUCUUUGUCUCUCAUAUUGGAACAAUAUUUAUGAAAUUGUGGAAAGUUUGUUUUCGAUUUUUUACUAAGAAUGUAUGCAGGAGUAGAAAAGAACAGAAUAGGCUUAAUCGAUUAAUCAGGAUUGUCACUGCUUUGCUGAUGUCGCUCUUAACGUUUACCUGUCUGAUUAGUUUACCAGCCUGGGGUCUUACCUUGAUGGAAGAAUGGACUGUAAACGAGAGCUAUUAUUUUUGUUUCAUAUCGCUUUCGACGAUUGGAUUUGGAGACUACGUGAUUGGAGCGUCUGAACGUCAUCGUCACCAAGUUGUAUUGAGAUAUGUGACAAUAUUGUACCUUAUAACGGGUCUCAGCGUUCUCACUGCCAUAUUUAAGGCCAUCGUAGAUUACAAUACAAAGAAAGUGAAAAAGCUUUCAUUUACUGCGGAAAAGUUCAUAAAACGAAAAGCGCCAAAGUUUGCAUUCAAAAAAGAAAUUGAUGAUGAGAAGAUAUCCCUCGAAGAGUUCCCUCCAGCCGAGGAUGAUAGGACUAGAAUUGAUUCAAAGCUUACAAUCUCUUCUAUUUCGCACAGUUUGACGGUCAGAAAUGACAUUAAUGCAAUGGAAUAUUUCGGUUGUGACAAAUCUACUCAAACUUGAGGCUCCAUGUCUUGUUAAGUAAAGUUCAGGAAAUCAUUGUCACACCACAUGACGAACGUCGUAAACCAAACGAAUAAAACAAUAGAGUUGUGGCUUAUCUAGGAGUAUUGAAAUAUGGCGAGGGGGAGAGGUGAAGUUUGAGUGCUCGAUGAUUAAGUGAGGGCACUC